AUGGCCGUCCUCCCAGACGCGCCGGGGCCAUCGCCGUCCAAGCGGAACCCGUUUGCACGACCUCACGCGACCGAGUCGACGUCAUUCUCCAGGACCUCUCUGCUACCUACAAGAGUGUCUGUGAGGAGAAUCCCCGUGAACUGUGACUCUCAGCCUGAAAGCUCUUCAACGGCAGCGAGCACCAGCGCCACCGCUACCGCUGCUGCUGCUGGCCCCUCGUCAACACCGUUGGCGAACCCCUUUGCGACACCCAGCGAACGCGCUCGUCCACGGAACGCAUGGCGUCUGCUCUGGCGCGGCGGUCUGGAAGUUGGCCCAGACGGCUGGCGUCUUGAUGGCAUCACCUUCUUCGCCCAGCUCGCCUUCCCUGCUGGCGGUACGCCGAGCACCAACCCGUUCGCGCCUCCCACGCCGUCAGCAGCGUCCAAGAUAUCACCAGCUGCAAACACCGUGUCACUGCCGGGCAUGGACACGGACCUGUGUCUUUCGUUCGAAUCCAUGCGUGGAAGAAAGUAUUUCCAGGUCCGUGGGGUCGUCCCGCUCACCGACGAGGACAUUGACACCGAUGACAGUCCUGUCCAAAUGUCCAUCACUUCGCCUCUCCUCUCUGCCUUCUUCACUGGCAUUCUCUGUCGGGCUCCCAAACUCUCGCCACAGGGCAGGACAACCAGUGGCGUCGUCAUUGGCCUCGGGGACGAGGGUAUCGACUCUAAUGGCUCGUCUGUUAUUGUCUAUGGACAGAGGCAGACCAACGACUCGGCCGAGCCAACAUUGCGUUUGUGUGUGGGUCGUCGGCGUAUCAUUGCACCGCCCAAGAAAGUUCGACCAGGAGAACCCCUGCCUCGAGCCCCGGUCUACAUUCCUGCCAAGCCUGUCCCUGGACGUGGCCUCUCCCGUGCUCCCUCUGCCGUCGAGAUCUACGGCCGGGCGUCAUCUAUCGCUCCCGAGUCGCUCCCCGUGGCAGCCCUCACAGGCCGUACCGGUGGUCGCCACGGCGAGAAGCGUCCACGAAAGGACGCCGAGACCGUCGACGACGCAGAUAAGCGUAGGAAAGCAGGCCGGAUCGUGCCAGAGCGCCUACAUGUGACAGCGAGAGGACGCGACUCUGGCCCAAGGUCGGCACCCCUGCAGAGGUCCGACGACGAGGACAUCUUUGGCCGUCGAUCGACGUCUCUGGCUCCCCGUGCGUCUUCUGUGGCACCACGAGCAUCUUCGGUUGCAUCUCGACACGGCUCGGUGCGAGCACCAUCAGCUGCGCCAUAUGCCGAUGCGGCUCAUUCCGACGAUGACGCGGGUGCCGCAGGCUCGUCGACGAUGCGACCGAAACGUCCUCGUGUUCCUCAGCAGGUGCUGGACAACAAAGCUACUAUCCGCAAGCAGACCCACUUGCUCCUCGACGCACGAGGCUGUCCCCGCGAACAUGAAAUGUUCAAGGACGUGUUCGGCAUGACCACCAAGGGCACUUACUUUGCUCUCCGGGCUGUGAUGGAGGCAGGGCCUGUAGACAAGACUGCCACCCAGGACAUCAUCGAGCGCCACCUCGACAUGUACCUCCCUGCAGCCCGGUCUCACGAGAACUCGCCUGCCCAUGUCCCGGAUGAGCCGACCGACGUGGAUGAGGCGCCGAAUCCUAGACCCCAGCUGGAGGCUGCCAUUGACCUCACGUCUGAAGCCAACCUGCACCUGAUGCGCACUCCGCCGCCGAAGAUACUCAAGGCCGAGCACAUUCCAGCAGCUCACGGCUUUGAAAGCAGCCCCUCAUGA